AUCGUUUUCCAUUUCUAUUUGCAGACAAUCCUGAAUUCGAUGCACAAGUACCAGCCUAGAUUUCAUUUAGUUCGAGCAAACGAUAUACUGAAGCUACCGUACUCGACGUUUCGUACCUACGUGUUUAAGGAAACCGAAUUCAUAGCCGUAACUGCAUAUCAAAAUGAAAAAAUAACGCAAUUGAAGAUAGAUAAUAAUCCUUUCGCGAAAGGAUUUCGUGAUACUGGUGCCGGUAAACGGGAAAAGAAUACGGGUUUCAGUUGUUCUGCUUUCAGGCAGUCGUUGAUGGGACAGCGAAGCUCGGACGGUGACAAGCUCAGUCCGAGCUCCGUCAGCUCGUCGCGCGGUCCAGCUGGUUUGGACCACCGAACGAAUAGCAUAUCAGCGCUGGACGACGACGACAAGCUGCUGGACGUGGUGGGACCACCGCAGAGUCCGCUACUCUCGCUCAGCCAACAGAUGCAUCAUCACGCGUCAGCAGGUUGGUUCAACUUCGAGGACGUGCAGCGAGCGGAGGAAGCGAUGCGACGGCGCCUCCAGUCGGACGAGAACGAACGGGACGGCAGCGACUCGAACUGCUCGGACAGCGUGUCAGGAAGCACAGGUGCCUUUCGUCCGACCUCGGGCAGCCCGAAGGAAUCGUCCAGCAGUGCCGGUACGUCCUACCCCUCGCCCAACAUCUCCGUCGGUCCGCCGAUCCAUCCGCCGCCCCACCUGCUGCCCUAUCUCUACCCGCACGGGCUCUACCCACCGCCCCACCUGUCCCUGCUGCACAAUCCGGCCGCCGCCGCUGCCAUGAACCCGAGCCUGCUGUUCAACGCGCAGCUCGCCCUUGCCGCCCAACAUCCGGCCUUCUUCGGGCAUUACUCGGGCCAUUCGCCCACCUCGCCACUGCACGGUCUCAAGGGCCAUCGCUUUUCGCCGUACAGCUUACCAUCCGGGCUAGGGUCGGCGUUUGACGCCGUUACGCCCGGCUCGAACUCGGCCGGUGCCCGCAGCCUCAGCAGCAGUCCGCAUCCGCGCGCUGCCUCGAACUCACCCCCAACCCGGCCCAUCUCCGUCUCACCAACGCCCACCCAACAUCCGACCUCGCCGACGACGGCGGACGCGAAUGCUGCCGCCAACAUGCCACCGAACAGCAGCAUAGCCCCGCCACCUCCACCACCUUCGCAACCUUCCGCACCGACCGCACCCCCGGCCGCUUCCAUCAUGUCACCAGCAUCGGGAGCACCACCACCACCAACCGUACCCUCGCUAGGACCUCCGCCACCAUCCGCCAACUCACCGUCGGAGCUGAAAAGCAUCGAAAAGAUGGUGAACGGGUUGGAGGUGAAGCACAACAUCAACGGCAGCACGGUGACGGUUGACGCGAACGGCGCGAAAGGCCAUCAUCCUUCCCAUCCCGGGCACGAUCAGUGACGUAUGGUGAGUGGCGAGUAUCAUCAUCCCGGUUCGUACGAUCGCAGCAUACCGGUGGAUGUCGUUGGUGGUGGUGGUGGUGGCGGUCCCGGACCGAACCUCGACCAGGGCAUGUGACAGUUAGCGAUCGGUCCGGGCGACGCACUCCACUACGGGAUGUCGUAGGACUGCGUUAGCACACCGGGACCUUUCGUUGUACAUAGAGCAGAAGUAUUUUAGUAGACACUUUUUACAUAGCUCCGUGUCGCUUUUACAUUAAAACAUCGUCUUGUUUUCAUUGCUCGGUGGUUUUCUUUACGGGAGGGCGUUCUGUGUUAUAAGCGAGCCGUGAAGCGAACGCGUUUGUGUCCACCAACUUACCAAAGAACAUCUGCUGCUAUAAAAAUGCGGUGUGAGCACUGAACAACUCUCCCGGGGGGGAAGGAAAUAUGUAAGUCGUUUUGAUAAAAUCGUUCCUUUUCUGAUUUUUUCCGGUGCAAGCUCGAACUUUCAAAUCCAUUUUCCAUCAACAAAACACAGACCGCCACACGUUUUCUUCGAUUGAGUAGAUUGAUAAGGCAUACUCACCAAUACACAAACAAAAACACAGACCCACACCAAUACUGCUCACCAUCACCGCCAACUAUGAUCCAUAAUAGUCAUUGCAAAUUUUAACAAUAAACACAGUUAGCCUGCUUCUCGCCCUGGGAGCAACCAUCCUCUCUGCUUGUGUGAAUUGAACACGCCCGAAGUAACUAGUAUAAACGCUAGGCGAGUAUGAACGAAAUGAACGGAUGAACCACACACAGUUGCGCCACUCACACAGCAUACGCUGCAAUGGAUAGUGUAAUCAAUUUUUGGGGGACAAAAAGCAAAUCCCAAAAGGGUAAAACAGUUUUGUAAAUUAUGUAAAUAGUAAAGAAGAAAGGAGAAGCGAGCCCUAUAUAAUUAGCUUAUCGAAAAGUGAAAACAAAAAAAUAAAAACACAGAAAAUUAAAACACUCAAAACACAUCGCAAAUGUGAAAAUUGUAACCGAAAGGAUCAAUGAAAGGUAAACAUCAUUUUGAUCGACUAAAUCCAACAAACAAGAUAAGCAGACAAAGGAAAGCAAUAAAAAAAUGUUCACGAAUGAUUAUGUAGAAAUUUUUUAUUCUAUCUUCAUUUUUAAUCGACUUUUAUCUUCUAUUACUUCGACUCCGUUGUGUGUGGCUUACAGGCGAGCCGCACAAGUCAAGGAGUCAAAUUAUUUAAUUUUUCGGUUUAAAAACUACACCUCACCACAAACACUCAAAGUGUAUAAAGAACAAAACAAAAAAAAAGUUUGCAAGCUAUUCACUAACUUUAGGAAUCGUUAGCAGAGCAAAAAUUCGGUGUGUAAUUAUUUAUUUCCCUAUCCCUUUGGUUCGCUUUCCUUUCGUACUGGCCAACAUUGCUCGAAACUGUUCCUCGCCCGCUCGCCCGAAACAAAUCAGUUAGAAGUUUAAGUUUUUUUUUAACGGGAUUAAGAUAAAAGAUUAAUAAAAUAAUGUUUGUACCAUACGUUUUCGUUCGUCUUUUGUUAAUUGUUGUCCUCUGGAAGCUCGGAAGCAAGCAGGUAGAUUUGUUUAACUUGAAACCGGCUGGAGGUUCGUAACGCCUCACACCAUCUUACCAUAGUGAAGCUCUGCCCACGGUACGGCUGAUGUGACAGUAACGUUGGCUGAUAUGUGUGAUAAUUUAUUGAUUUAUGAGAUACCUUCCUUGAUUGAAUCAAUACAGAUGUGCUCAUCCUUAGUUUUUUUCUAACCGACGCUCCUCUCGUGAGCGCGACACUGCAAGAGCAAGUGUCAAGAAUAGCAAGAAAAACGAAAGCAGAGCUUAGUAGAAAUGUAUCAAGUAGAUUUAUUACCCGCUAGCCACAUUAUCGUUUAGUUUGUCCGUAGGUUUGUGUUGGGAAAUUUUGUUUGUUUAAUGUAAAGAAGCAAACCACAUAACCCAUUGGUUCCUAAGAAAAGGAAAUGGCCGAACGGGACGAGGCAGGUGCUGAUAGGGGAAGCAAGGGAGAGAGAGGCGAUGUAAAUAGAUUCGUUGUCUAAACGAAUGCAAACGUCACAAAAAACUCACAAAACACACAUACACAAACACAGUUCAUUCUGCUACAACUGUAUUUUUACUUUAACUUGUCGCAAUAACACAACAUUAGGGCAUGGCUUUAAUGGUAUUAACGAGUGGGAAACAUGCCCAACAGGAUGAAGGAAACCCCUGCCUAGCGUCGAUAAUGAAAGGUGAAAAAAGAGAGUUUAAUUUAAAACGAAACCCACGUACGGAAAUUGCAGAACGAUCGAAAGAACGCUGCUCUGCCUGACCCGUGCUGUAAAAAAUAAAAACACGAAACACGAAAAAGGGAAAACUCAAACAAAAAAACAAUGAAACAUUUAAAAUACGCAUUUAGUGGAAUUCUUUACUUACUGCGCUAAGUACUAACUAACCUGCCCAGUGAACGGUUAUUACAUUUGAGAUAUAGUUUGUAACGCGCGAACAAAGCAAACGUUAAAAUGGGAGAGAAAGGAAAAAAA